AUGAACAGGGACUCACUUGUAGCCCUUUUUGAGAAGUGUGCUAGGCGCAGAGAGAACUCUUGUCAUUGCCAGGAGAUAUUCGUUAUUGGUGAUUUGCAUGCGGACAUCCACUGUGCAAAGCAAUGGGUUUCAAGGACCAACUUGCUGGAUGUGCAGUCCUGGAGCUGGAGGGCUGAGACAUCCGCGUUGGUCUUUCUGGGGGAUUAUGUAGAUCGUGGACCGUCUGGAAAGCAAGUCCUGGAGUUCGUGCGAAACUUGACGGUCAGUUUUCCGCGCAAUGUCCUGGCAAUGAUGGGCAACCACGACCUCUACACCUUGGCCGAUGCCUUACUGCCCUCCGGCGCCACGCGAUUCAUGGGCGCCGCGGUGAAGGAUUUCGCGUAUGCCUUCCUACACCCAGAGGAGUAUCUCAACUGGAUUCCAGAGCUCGAGGCGCAGGCGGAGGAUCUUGAGUCUUUGUUGCCCUCACUCUUCGCAGCGCUGCAGAAUGUCUACGCUCAAAACUAUGAAGCGGAGGUCAUGCUUCAAGCAGGGCGGCGAAGCCAGACCAUUUUCGACUGGCCGCCCUUGCGCUUCAACAGCACCAUGUCUGCCUUGCUUCGGCAGCGGCUGAAGAAGUGGCAGAGCUGGGCACUGGAAGGCUUGGUAACUUCUGGGUUGGCUGAAUGGUUAGCCGCGCGGCCAGUUGCGGCAGUGCUUGCAGGCGUUCUCUUCGUGCACGGCGGGCUGCCAUCGGCGCUGACCCUGCGGCAGAUCCAACAGCUGGGUCCAGGUGCCGUCGUGAAUGUUGAUGAAUUCUUCUCUUCAGGCCGCAAGGAACUUCUAGAGAUGGUUCAUGAGGUGGUGACCUACAGAGGCUUUCAUGGCAGAAGGGGUUGCAGAGAGGUGGACCAGGCGCUACAUCUUCUCAAGGACGACGAUGUGCAGAUGAUCGUCGUGGGCCACACUGCAGGGAAGACGGUCCGCCAGAUGUGUGGAGAUCGCUUAGUGGCAGCUGACAGCUCUUUGAGCCGCUUCUAUCGCUCCUAUGGGAACCGCUACUGUCCAGUACAAGUGGCUACAGAACGCCAUGGAACAUGCAGCAGAAAGCUAUCUCCUUGCGCUGGACAGGCAGCACGUAUCCACAAGGGGCGCGUAACCCUUGUGAGUUUGGAGAAUGUGAACGAGGAGCUGUGAUUCCGACUGCUUGGAGAAUCUCACGGACCACAUCUCGACCUCUGGACCUCGGAGGUAGCCGUCAUGAAGGAUAUGAUGGCGGAGUACCCCUGGGGCUCACCCCAUAUCUUUGAGGAGAGCGGACCGCCAAAAGAGGAG